CCUUCUGUCUAUUAUUAUUAUUACAUACUAAAAGAUGUAGACUUGAAAUAAUCCAAUAACAUGUUAGAACCGUAUUGUAUCUUAUCAUAACAUACUACUAAUGGUUUGUAUUAAAUAUAGAUUCAGCAGAAAAAGGCGGGACUGAUUGAUGUUUUAUACGUUUUAUGCGAAUUCAAACAACGGCCAUGUCUACCGAAACCGAUAACAAGCAAACUUUGCUCAAUUGUGAAGUAGUAUCCGCCACAGAACUGGAACACAAACAGCAGGAACCUGAGAAUGUCGCAGAGUCUAACAUUAAAUUGGAAAUUUCGCUGGAGGAUUCCGAGUUACAAGAGGACGGGAACUUAUCAACUGGUAAUGAUCCUGUGACAAGUAAACUAGAGGAAGCGGAAGAAAUGCAAACAAACGACGAUGGUUGUGACAAUACACACGUGUCUUUACAAUUGGAAAAUACGGUUCUCAAAACGGAAACUGAAAGCCAUGCGUUGGAUUAUGGGUUUGUCAUCAGUGGUGUUACAGAUGCGCCUGUGGGAGAAACUGUCGCACACCAUGAUCUACAAGACUACAAAACUGCAAUGGAAGAAAAACAUGUGCCAACUAGUCGUUUGCAAUAUAGCGCAUUUGGGGAUUCGCUGAGUUCAAUUCAAUGCCCGUUUUGCGUUUUGUUGUGCCCUACCAAUGCAAAGCUGGUCGCUCACGUUAAGGCAAGACACAAAUUGUAUUUCUGUGCCAUCUGCCGAAUAGGUUUCCCCGAUGAAUACCCAUUGAUCGAGCAUAAGGAAAAACUCCAUCCUGAAGUGCAACGCAACUGUUCUGAUUAUUUGAUAGUCAGCCAACCUGACGAUGAUAGUCGGCGUCCCCUCGGAAACCAAAGAAAGAGAAAAAAGGAUGUUGUCAGAAUGUUCAAAUGUGACCAAUGUGCCAAAGAAUACAAUAGUGAACACGCUUUGCAUUGUCACAAGGACACAGCUCAUCCUUGCACAGAAGUAGCUUGCGGCGAAUGCGCACUAAAGUUUACUUCUUUUGCGAAGCUUUAUUUACAUAAGACGAAAAUUCACCUUUCCUUCAAGUGUUCUCAGGAUGGUAAAACAUCUUCGGCUCAGAGAUCAAACAAGUAUCGCUUGACCAUGCAUACCGAGCUCAAUUGCGAAGUAGUAACCGCCACAGAACUGGAACACAAACAGCAGGAACCUGAGAAUGUCGCAGAGUCUAACAUUAAAUUGGAAAUUACGCUGGAGGAUUCCGAGUUACAAGAGGACGGGAACUUAUCAACUGGUAAUGAUCCUGUGACAAGUAAACUACAGGAAGCGGAAGAAAUGCAAACAAACGACGAUGGUUGUGACAAUACACACGUGUCUUUACUAUUGGAAAAUACGGUUCUCAAAACGGAAACUGAAAGCCAUGCAUUGGAUUAUGAGUUUGUCAUCAGUGGUGUUACAGAUGCGCAGGAACCUGAGAAUGUCGCAGAGUCUAACAUUAAAUUGGAAAUUUCCUUGGAGGAUUCCGAGUUACAAGAGGACGGGAACUUAUUAACUGGUAAUGAUCCUGUGACAAGUAAACUAAAGGAAGCGGAAGAAAUGCAAACGAACGACGAUGGUUGUGACAAUACACACCUGCCUUUACAACUGGAAAAUACGGUUUUCAAAACGGAAACUGAAAGCCAUGCAUUGGAUUAUAGGGAGCCUGUGAGAGAAACUGUCGCAAACCAUGAUAUACAAGACUACAAAACUGCAAUGGAAGAAAAACAUGUGCCGACCAGUCGUUUGCAAUAUAGUGCAUUUGGGGAUUCGCUGAGUUCAAUUCAAUGCCCGUUUUGCGUUUUGUUGUGCCCUACCAAUGCAAAGCUGGUCGCUCACGUUAAGGCAAGACACAAAUUGUAUUUCUGUGCCAUCUGCCGAAUAGGUUUCCCCGAUGAAUACCCAUUGAUCGAGCAUAAGGAAAAACUCCAUCCUGAAGUGCAACGCAACUAUUCUGAUUAUUUGAUAGUCAGCCAACCUGACGAUGAUAGUCGGCGUCCCCUCGGAAACCAAAGAAAGAGAAAAAAGGAUGUUGUCAGAAUGUUCAAAUGUGACGAAUGUGCCAAAGAAUACAAUAGUGAACACGCUUUGCAUUGUCACAAGGACACAGCUCAUCCUUGUACAGAAGUAGCUUGCGGCGAAUGCGCACUAAAGUUUACUUCUUUUGCGAAGCUUUAUUUACAUAAGACGAAAAUUCAUCUUCCCUCUAAGUGUUCUCAGGAUGGUAAAACAUCUUCGGCUCAGAGAUCAAACAAGUAUCGCUUGACCAUGCAUACCGAGGAAACAGAGAUGUCAUUCUGCAAGCAUAAAGUGGACACUUUUUGCUUCAUGUGUGGUGAUUAUUUACACAGAAGAAUCAAGAAUCAUAUAAUGACUGAUAAACAAAAAGAGGCAUACAAAAUGGCCUUUGGCAUAACUGUCGAGGGAUUGGAACUGCCAUGGGUUCCCAGCCGUAUUUGUUCCAGUUGUUCGACCUAUUUGUACAAACAACGUGUGGGUGAACAGCGUGCCUUUAAGCUGUCUGCACCUAUGAAAUGGUCCCAACCACGAGAUCACCAAAUCGAUUGUUUCUUUUGUAAAGCAGAUGUUCGUCCUGGGAAGCCGAUGAAAAAAAAUUCUGCACCAUCUGAUAAAAUAGGGGAAUGCUCGAACUUAACCCCUACUCAACCGAUUGAAGUUGAGCGUAUACCAAAAGUAGAAUAAGCAUAAAGAAGUCGUCGAAAAACUAAA